AUGAUUUGCUGGACUCGGAAGUGUCUGGAGGCCAGCGGCCGGGAGGUACCGGAGCUGGCGUACCACAUCCACGGCCAGCUCAGCUCGGCGGCCGACGCCGACCGCACCGACGGCCACGUGGUGUAUCAGCUGACCGAGACGGCGGUGGUGGCGCUCUGGGAGGACCGACGUCUGAUGGCGGCCGACACUACGGGCCUGCGCACGUGGCAGGCGGGCAAAGCGCUGCUGGACUGGUACCUGCUGCGGCCGGAGGCGAUCCAGGGCAGGCGGGUGCUCGAGCUGGGGGCCGGCCUCGGCCUGACCGGUCUGGCGCUAUGCAGGACGUGCUCUCCGGCCUCCUACCACGUGACGGACGGCCAUCCUCUGGUAGUGGAGAUGCUGAAAUACAACGUCCUGAAAAAUAUCGAACUCGCGAAGGACGACUUGCCAGUUGUGGACGAGUCGGCGUGCGCGGCGUUUGUCUCCGACACGCCGGCCAGCGCGCCGCUAAAACCGCGCGGCGGUCCGGCCGACGGUGGCGCCACCUGCGUCGGUGAUUUGCGUAUGACCUUGGACGGCACGGAGCUGCGCGCCGGCACCCUGGACUGGUUUACCUUCACCGCCGAGGAGGCCGGCGGCCUAGACGUGGAUCUGGUGCUCACUGCUGAUGUGACCUACAAUCCGGAGCUGCACGAGCCGCUGGUUCGCACGCUGCGGCUGCUGCUGGAUCACGUGCGGCCGCCGCCGGAGGUGCUGAUGGCGCUGACCGACCGGAAUGAGGGCACCACUGCCCGCCUGAUGACUGAGCUGGCUGUUCAAGGCCUGAAGCCGCGGCUGCUGGCGACGCCAGCCAACAAUCAGUCCAGCUUCCUCAUGGACGAGGUCUCCAAGGUCAAGAUCUUCCAGAUCACCCGCAUCCCGGAGCUGUCAACCGUCUGAUGGACCGGACUGUUGGUCACCAUCGUCUGACGGCCCGGGCUGUUUGCCACUACUGUCUGAUGUACUUUAUUGUUGGUCACCACAGUCUGACGGACCGGACUGUUGGUCACCACCGUUUGACGGACCGGACUGUUGGUCACCACGGUCUGACGGGCCGUACUGUUGGUCACUACCGUCUGACGAACCGUACUGUUGGUCACCACCGUCUGACAGACCGGACUGUUGGUCACCACCGUCUGACGGACCGGACUGUUUGUCGCCACUGUCUGAUGUACUUUAUUGUUGGUCACCAGCGUCUGACGGACCGGACUGUUGGUCAACACCAUCUGAUGGACUGGACUGUUGGUCACCACCAUCUGACGAACCAUACUGUUGGUGUUCACUGUCUGAUGCACCGGAUUGUUGGUCACCACCAUCUGACAGACCGGGCUGUUGGUCACUACUGUCUGACGGACUGCACCGUUGGUCACCAUCGUCUGACGCACCGCACUGUUGGUUACCACCGUCUGACGGACUGGACUGUUGGCACCACCGUCUGACGAACUGUGCUGUUGGUCGCCGCCAUCUGAUGGUUUGAACCGUUGGUCAUCGCCGUCUGGCGGACCGUUCUGUCGGACAGCGUUGUUUGAUGGACCGGGCUGUUGAUAUCACUGCCUGGCACGCUAGACUGGCGGUCAUUGCCACCCGAUGCGGUAGGCUGUAUGUCAGCGCCUGUGCCCCCGGUUCUUUCCAGCUGCUUUGUAUGGCCACGUGUUGGCCAGAUGCCUAGCUGGGCACGCGUUUGCUCAAUGCUGAUGUUUUUAUCGUCUUGACUAGCGCAACAAUGGUGCGACAGGCUCUUGGCCAUGGCAUCUCUCAAAGCUGGUGAUGUAACCCUUCUCCCCGUCUUCCACAAACAAGGAUGCUCUUUCUGAUAUGUAUCAGAAACCUGCGGCUAAAACAGUCUUCCCACGAUGCGGGCUUUAGUCCCUACAGCGAUGUGUUACGUGGUGCGAUGCGUUAGGUAAUUUCCCACUCACUUGUGUGAAUGCUAUUGAGCAUUGGUGGCGUGUUUGCAAUGUAUUGCAUAUUGCCGCUGCUAAGAUAAUGAAAGACAUCACGUGCGUGCAUCUGGAUUUUUCAUCCUGUGUUGCCCAAUAAUGAAAGAACUGCAUAUCAAACAGUUUUUCCGCAACCCGUUGUUUUCAUUGCGGUAUUUCCACAAUAUUGGCCUGCCCCCGAAGGAGAGAAGCAUGCAUGCCAAUACAGUUGAG